ACGUCGGUUGCCACCCGGCAUGAGUAAAGAAGAAGAAGAAGAUUACUCUCCAGCCAGAGAGACAAGCGUCAGUAAACAAACUCACCGGUAACAGAGGAAACAACAGAGUUUCACCACCAUGAUCUAGUCGCUUGUUCCUCUCUGUCUGUGUCUCCUCAGAUAAAUACUAACAGUGAAUCAUGGCCGUUGAAGAAUUUGUGUCAAAGACACUCGAGCUUCUAGAGGAGGAGAGGGAAGCUGAAAUAGAGGAGACCAGGUUAUGGCAGGAAAACAUCUCUCUCAAGGAUCUUCAAAAUAAAGGUGUUUGCCUGCUGAAACUGCAGAUAGGAAGUCAGUCCACAGGCUUGUACGGACGCACAGUCCUCAUCCUAGAGCCAAGAAAGCAUCUUGGUUUCUCAUCUCUACCCAGCAACAGCUUUGGGCCUGGUGACAUUGUUGGCUUGUAUGACGCGGGUGGUUGCACCGCAGCCUCUCAGAUUGGCACAGGGAUCGUGACGAGGGUCAGCCAGGCCUCUAUCAGUGUGGCUUUUGAUGAUUCAAAGGAUGGGCUCAGUUUUGACACAGAUGCUCUUCACAGCCUUUUAAAAUUAGCAAAUGACGUCACCUACAAACGAAUGAAAAAGGCCUUGAAUGCAUUAAACCGAUAUAGCAAUGGACCAGCGGCCAAUCUGAUCUAUGUUCUUUUUGGAGAUUCAAAACCUUCCUCUCAUUCACAGCCAAAUGAAGUGGAAUUCUUCAACCUGAGUCUGGAUAAAUCCCAGAGAGAAGCUGUGACCUUUGCUUUGUCUCAGAGAGAGGUAGCUGUGAUUCAUGGACCUCCUGGAACUGGGAAAACCACCACCGUGGUGGAAAUAAUCCUGCAAGCAGUCAAACAAGGCCAAAAGGUCCUGUGCUGUGCCUCAUCCAACGUGGCUGUGGAUAAUUUGGUGGAGAGGUUGGCAAGGUGUAAGGCCAAAGUCCUGAGGUUGGGUCACCCUGCCAGACUGCUGGAGUCCAUUCAGAAACAUUCACUGGAUGCCAUCCUCGCUCAGAGCGACAACGCAAACAUCAUCACUGACAUCCGUAAAGACAUGGACAAAGCUUUUAGCGCUAUGAAGAAGAAGAGAAAUGACAAAGGAGAGCGGUUUAAUUUCCGAAGAGAAAUAGGGGAGCUGAGAAAAGAGCUGAAAACCAGGGAAGCAACAGCCAUCGCCCAGAUCCUGAAAAGUGCUGAUGUCGUGUUAUCAACCAACACAGGUGCCUUUAAUGACGGCCCUCUGAAGUACCUACCAGCAGAGCAUUUUGAUUGGGUGGUGAUAGAUGAGUGUGCUCAGGCCCUGGAGAGCAGCUGCUGGAUACCUCUCCUCCGAGCUCGAAAGUGCGUCCUGGCCGGGGACUACAAGCAGCUACCACCGACUAUCAAAUCACAAACUGCUGCAUCAAAAGGCUUGUCCCUCAGUCUUAUGGAGAGACUCAUCCAGAUGUAUGGGGACUCGGUGGUGCGCAUGCUGACGGUUCAGUACCGCAUGAACAGCGCCAUCAUGGACUGGGCCUCCAAACAGAUGUACCAGGGAAGGCUGACUGCUCACAGCUCUGUGGAGAGACAUCUCUUAAAAGAUCUAGCAGGAGUGACCUGUGUGGACGAGACCAGCACGCCGCUCCUCCUGAUCGACACGUCAGGCUGCGGUCUGAGUGAGAUGGAGGUCCCAGAUGAGCAGUCCAAAGGAAACCAAGGUGAGGUCGACAUUGUUGAUCUGCACGUUAAGGCCUUGACUGAAGCUGGAGUUAAAGCCAGAGACAUAGCUGUUAUUGCCCCUUACAAUUUACAAGUGGAUCUUCUGCGUCAGAAGCUGUCUACAAGGCAUCCAGAGCUGGAGAUAAAGUCCGUGGAUGGAUUUCAGGGCAGAGAGAAAGAGGCUGUGGUUUUGUCGUUAGUUCGAUCCAAUAGAAAAGGUGAAGUUGGCUUUCUGGCGGAGGACAGAAGAAUAAAUGUGGCUGUUACACGUGCGAGACGCCACAUCACUGUAGUGUGCGACACGCAGACCGUCAAGAACCAUGCUUUCUUGAAGUCCCUGAUCGAUCAUAUGACUGAGUUUGGUGAGGUCAGGACGGCUUUUGAGUACAUCCAGGAUAUCGUGCCACAGAACUACACCCGUGACCACAAAGACACAAAUGCGUCCACCAGCAGCUCCGCAUCAACCAAACCAAGGGUCAAAGAUCAGCCCACCAGCCAGACGAAGCAAGGACAGAAGAAAUCCACCAACAGCAGCAAGAAGGAAAAUACUGCCGGUUCAGAGAAGCACCCAAAAUCCUGCACGUCAACGCAGACAAAGAUGGAACAGAACAAGAACAGAGACGCUGAGAUCAGAGAGCAAGUGGAGAGGUUUCUGAAGAACCCAAAUCAGAGUGAACUACAAUUCCCAUCAUCCUUCAACUCUCAUGACCGCUUGCUGGUCCACCAGAUCGCAGAGGAACAGGGCCUUGUGCAUGAGAGCAAAGGUGAGGGGAAAGACAGGUACAUCAGUGUGUCCAGGCCCCUUGAUUCAGCAUCAGCCAAGGAGCCGACACACGCAGAAGAAGAAGAAGAAGAAGAAGAAGAAGAGGAAGAGGAAACGACCCAGGAGGAGGAGACGAGCCGGAAUCCCCAAAGUGAGCGGCAGGGUCCGCCUCCAUUAGAUCUGAAGAGUUUACAUUUGGAUCGAAUGGAGAGGGAGCAGCAGAAAAGAGACGAACACGCUCAACAGAAAAAGCAACAAAACAACAUCCCAGCAGCUCCGACCCAAACAUCCAAGAAAAGCAAAGGGAAGAAGCGAACAAAGGCAGGCGCCUGUGACAUUGCUGCUGCCGCGGCUCCAGACGGGGACUUUGACACACUCAUCAACGCCGUCGUUAAGGCUGAAAGUGUGUGUAGUUUCAUCAAGUGUAAAGCGUCUGUGCUGAUGCUGGGACAGCUCUGUAGCUUCUGUAAUAGACAGUACUGUCUCAGUCAUCACAUACCAGAGGUUCACGGAUGUGGAGAAAAAGCCAAGUCUCAUGCUCGGAUGAGAAUAAGCAGAGAAGGCGUCCUUUAUGCCGGCAGCGGGAAGAAAGACAAAUCCAUGGACCCUAAUAAAAAAGCAUAUCUGCAAAGAAAACUGGAUUCUAAACUGAAAGAUAUGGCAUCAGAGAGGAAAACCAAAACCAAAGAAAAUGACAGUUAAUGUCACAGGAUGAAAACUGAUUUAAGAUUCAAAUAUUUGAAAGAAUCUUGUGUUAUAAAUUAUACAUACAUACCACUCACCUACAUUGGAUACGAUCUGGUGUCAUUCAGUUUGCAGUUGGAUUUUGUGUGUGAAUCGUGGAUUUGUAUGUACCUUGUUUGUCAGAUAUAAAAGCUGUCACACUCCUAA